CUUUCAGUUUCGUGCAGAGCGCGGAGGAGCAGGAGCGCAGCUGGGUUUUGAAGAGUGGGGUGAUCUCCUCUGUCCUUAGGGCCUGUACUAUGGAAACAGCCUGCAAAGUGCAGAGCAGAGGACAGUGCCCAGACACCCAGGAGACCCUCUCCGUGGGGACUCUGCAACAUCUAUUAUGAAUCAAGAAGCCAGCUCUACUCCAUGGAAAUCACGAGAAGGCAUGAGAAGCUCUACUACAUUGGCAGACCUGGAUCCUGAGUGCCAAUGCUCUGUGAGCUGAACGACAGACUCAGCUACAGCUACAGCCAUGAACGCUGGAGGCUGGUGGCACUAAGCGAGUCACCAGAGACUUGCAGCUCAAGGGCCGGCUCCCCAUGGACCCCGUUAGCCUGGAGCUGGGCACCAGGAACCUGUGGAGCUGGCUGGUGAGGCUGCUCAGCAGGAACUCAGAAUGGCUGAGUGCCAAGAUGAGGUUCUUCCUGCCUACUGUGGACCUGGGCUCCAGCGACGAGGCCUCUGAUCCUGAGCAGAGGGUCAUCCAGCAGCUCAGCACACUGCACGCCCAAGGGCUGGCCACCUGGCAGUCGCUGAUCCACUGUGUGUGCAUGGAGCUGGAGGUGCCACUGGCAGUGGAGGUACCACUGCUGAGCACCUGGGGCCAGGAAGAUGAAUUCCCUGGACAGCUGCGAGCUGGCAACGAGGGUCAGCCUGGACCUCAGCUCCACUGUGGCCUCAAGCGCCCUCAUCAGAGCUGUGGGUCUUCACCCCAUCGGAAGCAUGGCCGGAAGCAACAGCUAGAGUUGGCCAGGAAGUACUUGCAACUCCUGAAAACCACUGCCCAGCAGCACUGUGGCACCAAAUGCUCCUUGCCAGAGAAGACCCUUGCCUCCCACCACGUCUACGUCCCCCCCAUCCUGCAGUGGAGUCGGGCCACAGCUCCUCUGGACACUCAACAGGGAGCCUCUAUCGGGGACCCCAAGGCAGAAGAUGUCAGUGACGUGCGUGUCCAGGACCUCUUCAACUUCAGGGCUCACAAGGGCCCACGAGUGACUGUGCUCCUGGGGAAGGCUGGCAUGGGCAAGACCACACUGGCCCGGCGGCUCUGCCAGAAGUGGGCUGAUGGUCAGCUGGACCACUUCCAGGCCCUGUUCCUUUUUGAAUUUCGCCAGCUCAACCUGAUCACACGUUUUCUGACGUUGCCCCAACUCCUCUUUGAUGGGUAUCUGAGCCCUGAGUCGGGCCCCGAUGCUGUCUUCCAGUACCUAGAGGAAAACGCCAGUCGAGUCUUGCUGAUCUUUGAUGGGCUGGACGAGGCCAUCCAGUCUUGCUCUAGCAAGGAGACCCUGGGUCCUGAUGGCUCAGGUUCUGUCCUCACCCUCUUCUCCAGCCUCUGCUGUGGGACCCUCCUGCCCGGCUGCUGGGUGAUGGCUACCUCCCGUCCAGGGAAGCUGCCUGCCUGCCUGCCCAGGGAGGCAGCCAUGGUCCACAUUUGGGGCUUUGAUGGGCUGCGGGUGGAGGAGUACAUGAGCCACUUCUUCCAUGAGCAGCCUUCACCAGAAAUGGCCCUCGAAGAGUUGCGAACAAAUGGGCCUCUCCGAAGCAUGUGCACUGUGCCUGGACUGUGCCAAGUCACCUGCCUCUGCCUCUACCACCUGCUCCCCGGAAGUCCCCCAGGCCAGUCUGCAGCCCUCCUGCCCACUGUGACCCAGCUGUACAUGCAGAUGGUGUUUUCUCUCAGCCUCCCUGGGAGUCUGCCUGCCACAUCCCUGCUGGGCCUCGGAGAAGUGGCUCUGAGAGGCCUGGACACCGGGAAGGUUAUCUUCUAUGCAGAAGACAUCCCUCCGGCCAUGAUGGCCUUUGGGGCUGCUCAUAAUCUGCUGACCUCCUUCUGUGUCUGCACAAGCCCCAGGUACCCAGAGACAGGCUACGCCUUUGCCCACCUCAGUCUGCAGGAGUUUUUCGCUGCUCUGUACCUGAUGGCCAGCUCCACAGUGGACAAAGACACACUCGCCCGCCAUGUCACCCUCAAUUCCCAUUGGGUGCUGAGGACCAAAGCUAGACUGGGCCUCUCGGACCAACUCCCCACCUUCCUGGCAGGCCUGGCAUCCCACACCUGCCGUCCAUUCCUCAGUCACUUGGCCGAAGGAGAUGACGCCUGGGUGAGCGUGAGGCAGGCCACUGUUGUGCAAGUGUUAAAGAAGUUGGCCACCCGCAAGCACACUGGGCCAAAGGUGGUGGAGCUGUGUCACUAUGUGGCUGAGACCCAGGAGGCUGAGCUGGCCAGUCUCACUGCCCAAAGCCUCCCCUACCAUCUUCCCUUCCACAAUUUCCCUCUGACCUUCGCAGACCUGGCUGCUCUGACCAACAUCCUGGAGUACAGGGCUAACCCUAUGCACCUGGAAUUUGAGGGCUGCCCACUGGAGCCUCAUUGCCCUGAGGCUCUGGUAGGCUGUGGACAGGUAGAGACUCUCAGCUUUAAGAGCAGGAAGUGUGGGGAUGCCUUUGCAGAAACCCUGUCCAGGAGUUUGCCGACCAUGGGGAGUCUGCAGAAGUUGGGGUUAGCAGGAAGUAAGAUCACAGCCCGAGGCAUCGGUCACCUUGUGCAGGCUUUGCCCCUCUGUACACAGCUGGAAGAGGUCAGUUUGCAGGACAACCAGCUCAAGGAGCCAGAGGUGAUGAGCAUCAUAAAUGUACUCCCUUGCCUGCCGCGGCUUCGCAAGCUUGACCUGAGCAGAAACAACUUCUCCAUAUCAACCCUACUCUGCUUGGUGAAGGUGGCAGUCACUUGCCCUACUGUCAGGGCACUGGAGGUCAGGGAGGAGGACUUCAUCUUCCUUUUUUCCCCGUCCACAGAGACGACUGCAGUGCUAUGGAGAGCUCCAGACCUACAGGAAAAUGAAAGCCUGAGGACAGCGGGCCGAAGCCUGGCGCUCAGGCUCCAGAAAUGUCAGCUCAGGGUUCACGAUGCAGAGGUCCUCAUAGACCUGCUCCGGGAAGGACCCCACCUGGAAGAAGUGGACCUCUCAGCGAACUUUCUGGAAGACGAAGGCUGUCGACUCCUGGCAGAAGCUGCACCCCGGCUGCACAUCGCCAAGAAGUUGGACCUCAGUGACAAUGGGAUCUCUGAGUCUGGGGUGUUCUAUCUGCUGACAGCCAUGAGCACGUGCCAGUCCCUGGCAGAGCUGCACAUCAGCCUGCUGCACAAAACUGUGGUCCUUAUGUUUGCCCACGAGCCAGGGGCACAGGAGGGACCCUGGGAAAGUCUCACGCCCCCGAUGGCUUCUGAGCCACCCCUGAGCUCCCAAAGGAUCAGGCUGACACACUGCGGCUUCCAGGCCAAGCACAUAGAGCGGCUCUGCAAGGUGCUGGGAGGAAGCUGCUACCCCCGCCACCUGGGUCACCUUGACUUAUCCAGCAAUGCUCUGGGGGACGAAGGGGUGGACCUGUUGGCCCAACUGCUCCCAGGCCUGGGUCCUCUGCAGUCCUUGAACCUCAGCAAGAGUGACUCAUCCCUGGAUGCUGUGCUUCGUUUGGCCCAGUGUAUGGUUACCCUGAAGUGGGUUUUUCGCCUGGACAUCAGCUUUGAGAGCCAACACAUCGUUCUGAGAAGUGAGAAGAGAGGCAGGGAUGUCUUGGCUGAUGGAUCUUUGCCAGAGUCCCCAGCUGGAGCCCAGUUCUCAGGGUUCCGUCACUGCUGCAUCCCCAGGAGCUUCAGCCUCAAGGAGUGUCAGCUGGAGCCCUCGAGCCUCACCCGCCUCUGUGCCACUCUGGAGGAGUGCCCAGGACCACUGGAAGUCCAAUUGUCCUGCAAGGCCCUGAGUGAUGAGAGCCUAAAGACCCUUUUGCACUGCUUGCCCCGGCUGCCCCAACUAAGCCUGCUGCAGCUGAGCCAGACGGCACUGUCCCCAAGGAGCCCCUUACUGCUGGCAGACAUCUUCAGCCUGUGCCCAAAGGUUCAGAAGGUGGAGCUCAGAUCCCUGAAUCAUGUGGCCCUACACUUCGGGUCCAGUGAGGAGCAGGAAGGCGUGUGCUGUGGGUUUCUGGACUGCAGCCUCAGCCAGGAGCAAGUGGAACCACUCUGCUGCUUGCUGAGCAAGUGCGAAGCCCUCAGCCACCUGGACCUGGCGACAAACCUGCUGGGUGAUGAUGGGCUCAGAUCCCUUCUGGAACACCUGCCACAGACGCCCAUCUCUGGGAGGCUUGACCUGAGUCACAACAACAUCUCUCAGGAAGGGGCCCUGCACCUGGUGGAGACACUGACUUCCUGUCCUCGUGUCCAGGCAGCCUCGGUGAACCUGGGCCCUGAGCAGAAUUUCCAGAUAUACUUCUCUCAGCAAGAGGAGGCCAGGGUGACGCUGAGGCUGAGCGAGUGCAACUUCGGACAGGAGCACACACUCAGACUGGCCACUGGCCUGAGCCAGGCCCUCCAGCUGGUGGAGCUCACACUGACGCACUGCAUCUUGGACCUGACGCAGCUGACCACCCUACUGAGUGGGGUGAGGCGACCAGCCGGGCUGCUCCACCUCAGGGUAGAGGAGCCAUGGGUGGGCAAAGUUGGUGUGCCUGCCUUGCUAGAAGUCUGCACCCAGGCCUCAGGCCAUGUCACUGAGAUAAGCAUCUCUGAGACCCAGCAGCAGCUCUGGGUUCAGCUGGAAUUUCCUCAUCAGGAAGAGAGUCCAGAGGCCAUGGCCCUCAGGUUGACUCACUGUGACCUUGAAACUCACCGUAACCUUCUUGUAAGACAACUGAUGACAUGUGCCAGGCUGCGGCAGCUCAGCUUGUCCCAGGUUAAUCUCUGUGAUGCCAGCAAUGCCAGUUCCCUACUGCUGCAAAGCCUGAUGUCCCUCUCUGAGCUGAAGACCUUCCGGCUGACCUCCAGCUGUGUGAGCACUGAGGGCCUCACCCACUUGGCAUCUGGCCUGGGCCACUGUUACCACCUGGAGGAGCUGGACUUCUCCAACAGUCAGUUCACUGAAGAGGGCACCAAGAUGCUGAUGGCAGCCCUUGAGGGGAAGUCCAGGCUGAAGAGGCUUCACCUCAGUCACUGUCUGCAGGGCAGCUCUACACUGGCUGUGCUCAUUCGAGGACUAAGCCAUAUGAUGCUUCUGCAGUGCCUCCGACUGAGUGAGAACAGCAUUGAUGAUGUCGGCUGCUACCACCUUUCUGAGGCUCUCAGAACUACUGCCAGCUUGGAGGAGCUGGGCUUGAGUCACAACCAGAUUGAGGACGCCGGUGCCCAGCACUUAGCGGCCAUCCUGCCAGGACUGCCCAAGCUCAGGAAGAUAGACCUCUCAGCAAACCGCAUCACCCCAGUCGGAGGAGCGCAGCUGGUGGAAUCUCUCACCCUUUGUCAGCACCUGGAGGAGCUAAUGCUUGGCUGCAAUACUCUGGGGGACCCCACAGCUCUGGGGCUGGCUCAGAGGCUGCCCCAGCACCUGAGGAUCCUGCACCUGCCCUCCAGCCAUCUGGGUCCAGAGGGGGUACUGAGCUUGGGCCAGGCCCUGGAUGGAUACCCAUUUGUGGAAGAGAUCAGUUUGGCACAGAACAGCCUGGCCAAGGGAGUCCCACAUUUCUGCAAGGGGCUCCCACUGCUCAGGCGGAUUGACCUCAUUUCCUGUGAGAUUGACAACCAGUCUGCUAAGCAUCUAGUUGCCAGCUUUCUACUCUGCCCGGCACUGGAAGAAAUCUUGCUGUCCUGGAAUUUCCUUGGGGACGAGGCAGCUGCUGAGCUGGCUGGGGCCUUACCAAGGAUGGGUCGGCUGAAGAAAGUAGACCUGGAGAAGAACCGGAUCACAGCCCAUGGAGCCUCGCUUCUGGUUCAAGGGCUCGCUCAGGGGGCUGGUGUCCAAGUCAUCCGUCUCUGGAAUAAUCCCAUCCCCUCGGGUGCCAUCCAGAGUCUGCAGAGCCAGGAGCCCAGGCUGGACUUCACCUUCUUUGACAAGCAGCCACAGGUCCCUCCGGGUACUUGAUGGCCCUCUCAAGACCCUCGGACUCCAGCCAAGUGACACUGAUGUCACCUACUAGAAGAGAAGCCUCAGGAGAAGAGCUGCAGCUGGUGCCACGUGUGCUCACUUGUCCCAGGAGGGAGGGGUGCAUUCGCCCUACUGUGGUCCUCAGGGAGGACUUUCUCAGGGAUCAGGGGCUCAGUGUGGCCAAAGGAGUACCCUGAAUCAUGCAUGAAACUUGCAUGACCAGUGGGAACAUGCGGCACAAUGAGGGCAUCAUGAUAUACAUGACAGGGAAGGCAGGGUGUAACGUGACAUUAUGUGGAACUUGUAGUGUGAACAUGUGGUCGAUGGCUUCUAGCACUACAAGUGACAGAACACAUGGCUGGUGAUGCUUAUAAGAUACACAUGUCCAUGUCACAUAACACAUGGCAUGCCAGAUGACCUCAGGCUACGCCAAGAUCUAAUUUGUUACUUUGUUUCUUUAGUUUUGGUUUUAGCAGAUAUCAAUUGCACAAAGUAAUGAGUUUCAUGAUGACAUUUUUAUACAUGUAUAUAAUGUACUUUGACCAUAUUCCACCCCGCCUUACUCUCUCUUGUCCCCCCUCCAGCUGGUUCCCAAAUAAUCUUCCCAAAUAAUCCCCCUUCUACUUUCAUGUUAAUUUAUUACUUUGUUUUUAAAAAACAAACCCAAUAUGUAUUUAUAAACUGCAUUUCCAGAGCAGCUAAGCCAGGAGCCUUCCUUGCUGAGCCCAGAGGGCAGAGUGACCAAGUACGGACUGCCUAGUGGCCCAAGGACCGGACCCUGGGCCAUGCUGGGGACUCAGCCACUCUCUUGCCUCAAGCUUCAGUUUACACACCUGUAAAAUGGGUAACCUCCCCAUUUCCUUAAGUGCUGGCUUCCGAGGACUUCAGGCCUGAGUCCAGGUGGAGCAAGCCUGACUUUGGGAGAACUCAAGCCCUUUCUGUCCUGCAUAAGGGACAAAGCCAAGUUUAAGAACCCAGGGUGAGCACUGCCAGGCCAUGAGGAAGGCCACUGCGUUCAUUGCUACCUCAGUGGGAUCCAGGUGAGCUCCUGGGCACGCCAUAUGUUGCACUGUGUUCUUGUGACUCCCAAGAGGGCCAAGGAUUGGCCCUGCUACAUUCCAAACCAAGUUCCAUCAAUAAACGUGAUGGGUCUCCCAACCUCUAGCUUGCAUCUGAUGUCGCCUGCUGUCUUCCUCCCCAGGUCAGAAGAGGUCCCCGGGGAUUGGACAACUGGAUAGAGGAGAGGUGUGCUGGGAGGGACGCUGGCCUGGGAGUCAGGAGACAAGGGUUCAAGUUCACCUGUCCGGGCAACUCAUCUCCUCACUCCAUAGCUUCCCUGCAUCAUGGGGGUGUUACUGAUGCUCAGAAUG